AAGCUCGUUUUUCGCUGGUGAAGAUAUUUAUCUCAUUUUCUGCGCAAAACAUAGCGUGUUUGGUAACAAGCGACGAAAACCCAUAGAAAAAGAAAAAGAGAGAAAAAAACGAAACACUUUUCAAAUUUCAUUGAUUCAACUUUGAAAAACGCUUAGAAAAAUCUCAAUCUCCUUUGACAAUUACCAGAGAAAAUUUCCGAUUUCUUCGUAAAGCUGAUUGUGAUUUCGUGAUUGUAAAUUGAUCGAUCGAUCGAGGAUCGAAAAGUGUAGCUUGUUUUGUUUUGUUUUUAUUGAGUUGAGCAAUGUCUGCAACUAUGAGAACAAGUUCAUGGGCAGAAUCUGCUGAUGCAUCAUCUGCACGCCCUGUCAAGCCGGCAUAUGUACCUCCGCAUCUUAGGAACCGAUCAGUGGCUCCGGCCGAGCCUCCUUCAUUUGUGUCUAAUGCUAAUGAGAGGGGUUUGGGUGGUAAUUGGGGUGGUUCCUCUAACUCUAGGCAGGAUUUUGGCAAUGGUGGUAGGCAAGGAUAUGGUUCUGGUUCUGGUGGUGGGUUUAACAAUAGAGGAGGAGCAGGGAUGGGGGUGGGGAGGGAGCGUGGGGGAAGACGUGAGGCGAAUCCUUUUGAGAAUGAUGUUGAUGAAUCUUUUACUGAGCAAGAGAAUACGGGGAUUAACUUUGAUGCUUAUGAUGAUAUCCCUGUGGAGACCAGCGGGGAGAAUGUUCCUGCUCCUGUGAAUACAUUUGCGGAAAUAGAUUUAGGUGAUGCAUUGAAUCAGAAUAUACAGAGAUGCAAGUAUGUGAAACCAACACCGGUUCAGAGGUAUGCCAUACCUAUUUCUCUUGCAGGGAGAGAUUUGAUGGCUUGUGCUCAGACCGGGUCAGGAAAGACCGCUGCAUUUUGCUUUCCUAUUAUAAGUGGAAUCCUUAGGGAGCCGUAUGCUCAAAGACCCCGUGUGGCACGGACUGCUUAUCCUCUCGCACUUAUUCUGUCCCCUACCCGGGAGCUUUCUUGUCAGAUACAUGACGAGGCCAAAAAGUUUUCUUAUCAAACCGGUGUCAAGGUUGUAGUUGCUUAUGGAGGAGCCCCGAUCACCCAACAGUUGCGGGAGCUUGAGAGAGGAGUUGAUAUUCUGGUGGCAACUCCAGGACGAUUAGUAGAUUUGCUUGAGAGAGCUAGGGUGUCAUUACAGAUGAUAAGAUAUUUGGCUCUUGAUGAGGCAGAUCGGAUGCUGGAUAUGGGUUUUGAGCCUCAAAUAAGAAAGAUAGUUGAACAAAUGGACAUGCCACCUCCAGGCAUGAGACAGACACUGCUGUUUAGUGCAACAUUUCCUAAAGAGAUACAGAGACUUGCGUCAGAUUUUCUUGCAAGUUAUAUUUUUCUGGCUGUUGGAAGGGUUGGUUCAAGUACCGAUCUAAUUGCUCAAAGAGUAGAAUAUGUGCUUGAGUCAGACAAGAGAAGCCACCUCAUGGACCUUCUUCAUGCUCAGAGAGAAAAUGAUGUGAAUGGCAAGCAAGGUCUGACUUUAGUUUUUGUGGAAACAAAGAAAGGAGCUGAUGCAUUGGAACACUGCUUGUGUGUUAAUGGGUUUCCUGCAACUUGCAUCCAUGGUGAUAGAACACAGCAAGAAAGAGAACAAGCAUUGAGGUCGUUCAAGACUGGAAACACUCCAAUUCUGGUGGCAACAGAUGUUGCAGCACGUGGACUUGAUAUUCCACGGGUAGCACAUGUUGUAAACUUUGAUCUUCCUAAUGACAUUGAUGAUUAUGUGCACCGGAUAGGAAGAACAGGGCGAGCUGGUAAAAUGGGACUAGCAACAGCCUUCUUCAAUGACAGUAAUUUGUCAAUGGCUAAACCAUUGGCUGAUCUGAUGCAAGAGGCAAAUCAAGAAGUACCUGCGUGGCUCACCCGUUAUGCAGCAAGGACUCCUUAUGGUGGAAGUAGAAAUAAGAGGACCGGGGGAGCCCGUUUUGGUGGCCGUGAUGUUAGGAAGGAGAGCUCAUAUAAUAAAGGAAAUGAUUACUACGGCGGAACUGGUGGUGGUUAUGGGGUUCCUGCGAGUUAUGGUGGAGGGUAUGGUCAAGGUGUAACAAGUGCUUGGGAUUAGGUUAGUGUGACAUCACUAAUUCAUUCUCAUGUUGAUUGUAUAUAAAUUUCAGACUUUAACGUUGUAAAGUUGUAUCUUCUCAACUAUGGUUUUCUUCAAUCCGUGCAUUCCUUACUACAGGGAAUCUUGUCUUAGGAAAGAUCCGCAAUUGGUUUGGUUUUGCUGGUUAGGCACACAUAGGGUUGAUUGGGAAAUGCUGCAUAUGGAAAAGAGAAUAUGUAUAAGCAGACCGAAAUUUUCUGACUUUGAUUUACUGGUCUGAGAUUCUGUAGAAGAGGGAGAGAGUGUACUGUAAACUGAUUGCUUUGGAGACUAGAGGGAGGGGUAAGGGCAGAUAUUACUGAGUUCAUAUUGUGGGUAGUAUGCAGUGUUUUGAAUUUUGAUAGGGUCAGCUUUUGACCGUCUUAAAUCAUGAGUUAACCCUAAUUAGCAUGCACAUAUUGUUGAAUUUUUUUUUUUAUUACCCUAAACCCUAAUUAGCAUGCA